UCAUAUGUAAGUAAGCCUGUUGCAGUUUUUAUUAACUGCUUUUAUUCUCGAUUCUGUAAACCUGCUUCCUGCUUCGUGAUUUCGGGCCCCUGGAUGCAUAAAAGACACUUGCUCUCUUUGUCCAUUGCUCAGACUUUCUGGAUGCAAAUACACUGAGCCGGUGUACACCUGAAAUAAAUCCUCCUGUAACCUCAUUGCUUUCUCCGGUUCCCUGAUUUCUCGCAACAGGAACAGAUGGACAUGGCCUGGAAGAUGACCCAACUGCUGCUUCUGGCUUUGGUGACCGCUGCAGGGAGCGCCCAGCCCAGGAGUGUGCGGGCCAGGACAGGCCUGCUUAAUGUCUGCAUGGACGCCAAGCACCACAAGGCACAUCCCGGCCCUGAGGACAACCUGUAUGGCCAGUGCAGUCCCUGGAGGAAGAACGCCUGCUGCACGGCCAACACCAGCCAGGAGCUGCACAAGGACACCUCCCGCCUGUACAACUUUAACUGGGAGCACUGCGGCAGGAUGGAGCCCGCCUGCAAGCGCCACUUCAUCCAGGACAACUGUCUCUAUGAGUGCUCACCCAACCUGGGGCCCUGGAUCCGGCAGGUCAAUCAGAGCUGGCGCAAAGAGCGCAUCCUGAACGUGCCCCUGUGCAAAGAGGACUGCGAGCGCUGGUGGGAAGACUGUCGCACCUCCUACACCUGCAAGAGCAACUGGCAAAAAGGGUGGAAUUGGACCUCAGGGAUUAAUGAGUGUCCUGCCGGGGCCCUCUGCCACACCUUUGAGUCCUACUUCCCCACUCCAGCCGCCCUUUGUGAGGGCCUCUGGAGUCACUCCUACAAGGUCAGCGACUACAGCCGAGGGAGCGGCCGCUGCAUCCAGAUGUGGUUUGACUCGGCCCAGGGCAACCCCAACGAGGAGGUGGCGAGGUUCUAUGCUGCGGCCAUGAAGGCUGAGGCCCCAUCCCGUGGGAUUUUGGGACCGUGAACAUUUGUUCCUGAUCCAAGAAGGGUUCCCUGGUGUUCCUCCAACAACUCAUUCUAAUAGACAGAUCCACGUG